AUGAAGUACAUUCAUUCUCAGGAGAUCCUUGAAAUCCCCGAGGGGGAAAAGGUCCAAAUUGUCCGCCAUAUUUUCGAAGUUGGAAAUUUUGAUGCCCACCAGUCCGGCGAUGGAAAGAAAGAGAUCAAAUUGAAAGAUGAAGAGAGGAAUGGCAUUUGGGAACCCGACGUCGAACGACUGACAGUGGCACCGAACAUUUCCCACGACGAAUUCAAGGCGCAAUUUGGACUGAAUGGAAAAUUUAUUUCCCAACACGGCACUAACAUACCUAUAGUCAAGGUUGCCAUCAAGACGAGAAUCGUGACCGUCGAGGGUCCCCGAGGCAAGCUCGUCAAGGACCUCGGCCACUUGGCCGUCAACUUCGGCCACCCCAAGAAGAACACCAUCUCGAUCGAGAUCCACCACGGCAACCGUAAGAAUGUUGCCACGCUGCGUACCGUCCGAUCCAUCAUCCAGAACAUGGUUAUCGGUGUCACCAAGGGCUUCAAAUACAAGAUGCGAUACGUAUACGCCCAUUUUCCCAUCAACGUAAACCUGGACAAGAGCAACGAGACCGGGCUAUGGGAGGUUGAAAUCCGAAACUUUAUCGGAGAGAAGAUUGUCCGCCGGGUCGUCAUGCAGGAGGGUGUCGACGUCGAGCUGUCCAAGAACCAGAAGGAUGAGCUCGUCCUGACUGGCAACUCUCUGGAGCGUGUGUCGCAGAGCGCUGCCGAUAUUCAGCAGAUCUGCAAGGUCCGCAACAAGGAUAUCCGAAAGUUCUUGGACGGUCUGUACGUUUCCGAAAAGGGCAACGUCGUUGAGGAGUAA